UUUGCUUUGCUUUUGCUUUUGCUUGUCCUCGAAAAUGGAAAACUUCUGGAAGAUCCUCAGAAAGACUGAUGCUAAGAAGAGGCUGUCAGUUCCUAUCAGCUUUCUCAGGUCUCUUCCACCUUUCAAACUAGGCAGCCAUGCCGUCACGUUUGAAGCUACAGACGAGAAAGGCGAAGCUUGGGCCUUUCAAUGCUCCAUCCGCAAGAGAGGACAGUACCCGAAGCCAGUCCUCACAAGAGGUUGGGUUGCAUUCGUUAAGAGCAAGAAGCUACAAGUUGGUGACAAGGUCAGGUUUAUUAAACAUAAGAACCGAGCUACUGCAGCAAUCUCUUACAAAGUUCGUGCUGAAAAGGCAAUCAAGAUCUUUGGUGCUACAUUUGGCUACGCACGGAUCUAGUCCAUUUCCCUAAUUAAUAGCUCUGUAAGUCAAGCUAGCAAAUAAUAGUGCCGGUUUCAGGCACUGGCUUGCAUGGUUUUUAAUCGAGUCCCUUUCUGUACUUUUGCAUUUUACUUCUCCUCAGUCGUGAUUCUACUCUACUAAGUUACCUCGGUGACUUGAAUGUCAUGCACCAGACAGGAAACACCAAGGUUGUUAUUAAUGGUUGGCUUGUUCUAUACCCAGUAGUGAAUGAAAUGGAGCCAUGUUUCCCGCUUAGGGGGACAUGUUAGCUUUCUAAGUUGGGUGAGUUUCAAGUUUCUUGAAUUCUCAUAUAUUUGUGCUGCUUCUGCAAUUAGUAUGUUUAACUUUCAAAAGCCAUCCCAUCUGCUAAGGUCUCUCAAGAUGUUUCCUUCUGCACCUUUCUUUCAAGAAUAUGGAAUUAGUGCUGAUCUCUGAAUAACGCAAUAGGUAGCUCGCGAGG